CGCCCUCCUUGGGCAUAAAAACGUAACUAAUGCUCGACAACACUAUAGUUUCUGGGGUAAACUACCGUGUCUUAGACAUUUCGCUCGGCGUAUUUAAAGUAAAGUAUCCGUUUCGUCAAAUUUUCUGUCGCUGUUUUUCAAUAAUGCUAGUUUAGCGCUGUAAUAUGGGACAAAGGUCGGGGUAACUAGAAAGCGCUGUCAACUUAAACACAGCAUGUAAACAGCCACUAGUAAUAUCAGGAGCGCUACGUAGACCUUGAAAGUAGAUUGUUUUUUUUCAUCUUAUUCAUUUCCCAAGACCAGGGAGGGAACAUUGUUUUCUCGCUGGCCGACGACCUUCGACCUUCCUGUCAUCGAGCGGCAUGUUCCCUUUAGAUUCGCCAUGGAACCUCUCAUUCGCAGGUUGCGGCUUCCUUGGCAUUUACCAUGUUGGUGUCGCCAGCUGUCUGCUGGAGCAGGCUCCUUUCCUAGUGCACAACGCCAAGCACAUCUACGGGGCUUCAGCCGGAGCCCUCACCGCCACUGCUCUGGUCUCUGGCGUGUGUCUAGGAGAAGCUGGUGCCAGUAUCAUUGAGGUUGCCAAGGAAGCAAGGAAGCGCUUCCUCGGCCCCAUGCACCCUUCCUUCAACAUGGUGAAGAUCGUACGGUUUAUGUUACGACGCACUUUGCCUGUGGACUCUCACCAUCUUGCCAAUGGAAGGCUGGGAAUCUCUUUGACCAGAGUAACAGAUGGAGAAAAUGUCCUUGUGUCUCACUUCAACAGCAAUGAGGAGAUUGUGCAGGCAUGUGUGUGCAGUGCCUACAUCCCGGUGUAUUGUGGCCUUAUUCCUCCCACACUCCAAGGAGUGCGCUAUGUCGACGGAGGAAUCUCUGACAAUUUGCCUCACUAUGAGCUGAAAAACACAAUCACUGUGUCCCCGUUCUCUGGAGAGAGUGAUAUCUGCCCGCGAGAUACCUCCACCAACAUACACGAGCUCCGCUUCACCAACACCAGCAUCCAGUUCACUCUCACCAACCUUUACAGAAUUUCCCGGGCACUUUUCCCACCAGAUCCAAUGGUUAUGAAAGCCAUGUGCAAACAAGGAUAUAAUGACGCACUACACUUCCUAAAGAAGAAUGGAUUGCUCAAUUUCUAUGGCCCCCACAUAGACCGAGCCCUGCAUGCAAACAGGGAAGAGCAUGAUGAUCAUGCUAAUGGUGGAUUGGAGAAAAAGUCAAUGACCGUUCAUCCUUCAAUAGAAGAGCAGAUCAUUGUUCACCUUCCUCCCACUCUGCACAAAGCCCUGAUUGAGGCCUGCACAGAGAGAAGAAGUCUGGUGCAGUCGCUAAGCAACCUGCUUCCUGUCAGGAUGGCAUCUGCUAUGAUGCUUCCCUACACUCUCCCUCUGGAGUCUGCUUUGUCCUUGACUCUCAGGCUUUUGGAGUGGCUGCCAGAUGUGCAAGAAGAUGUCAGUUGGAUUCGAGAGCAGUUACUAAAAGUUCUUCAUCAUGUUCUGCGUCAGGCCUCCAAAAGCAUCACCCAGCGUGUUUAUGCUCGAUUUUCCUGCCAUCUGGAGCUGCACCACUACCAAUCCCUCCCUUCCCAGUUCCGCUCCACCAGCCUGUUUGCCACCUGGAUGGGUAGCGGCAGUCUUUCAGUCCAGGACAUCUUCACGCGUCUAGACCAGUACAAGAGACAGCUGCUCUCCGGUGCAUUUUGCAUAAACAUGGAUCUGGAAGGAUCCUUCAAAGCUGGGCCCAUGUUAACAGAUGACGAAUCUGCUCUGUUCCUCCCUGCAGAAAGCUUCCCAUUGCACAAAGGUGGUCUUAACCUUCCACCGGCUGCCGACUCCAAAGACGCUAUGCAGCACUGCGAUUCAGACUUGUUAAAUGUAGAAUCAGAUGAAACAAGUUACUAUCAGUUUUAAAUAUGUUUAAAAAGCUGAGAGUGGAAGCUUCCUUGUAGGGGCCUUUUUUAAGACAAUUGUAAAUGGUAAUAAUUUACCAUUGCAUGCAAUAAUGUAUUCAAAUGCAUACAUUUUAUGUAAGCCCUUAGUAGCUCAAAAAAGUCAAAAGAUGAAGCACAUCAGAAAGUUUGAGGCAAGUGUGUACAUGUGUAAAUCCUGAAGAGUAAUACUCAGUAAACAAGCAUGUACUCUUGAUUUGGUAUGGCUGAAGCAGGUGGGUGUUUAUGUUUUUGUGGAAUGUGGUUCUACUUGAUUGGAGUUUGGCCUUAUGCA